AUGGCGCUGAAGUCAUUCGUUGAAGUCCAACCGGACUCGCACUUCCCGAUCCAGAACCUUCCGUACGGCAUGUUCAGGCCUGAACCGGGUUCGGAGCCCAGACCAGGCGUUGCUAUCGGAGACUAUGUGCUGGACCUGUCCGUCGUUGCCUCCGCCGGUCUCUUCGACGGUCCGUGCCUCAAAAACUCCGACUGCUUCAAGCAGCCUAAUCUCAACAAGUUCUUGGGGCUGGGGAGGCCAGCAUGGAAGGAAGCUCGUACGACAUUGCAAAAAUUGUUAUCAGCUGCAGAACCAGUAUUGCGUGACAAUGCAAGUUUAAUGGAGAAAGCACUUGUGCCUAUGGACAAGGUUCAAAUGCUUCUUCCCAUUGCAAUUGGGGACUACACAGACUUCUUUGCAUCAAAACAUCAUGCAAAAAACUGUGGACUUAUCUUCCGAGGCCCGGAAAACCCAAUUAACCCAAAUUGGUUUCACAUUCCUAUAGCUUACCAUGGACGUGCAUCAUCUAUUGUCAUAUCUGGCACUGACAUAAUAAGGCCAAGAGGGCAAGGCCACCCAGCUGCCAACUCGCUGCCCUAUUUUGGACCUUCUCGUAAGCUGGACUUUGAACUGGAAAUGGCUGCGGUUGUUGGUCCUGGAAAUGAAUUGGGAAAGUCUGUGGAUGUUGACGAGGCUGCGGAUCACAUCUUUGGACUCGUGUUAAUGAACGACUGGAGUGCAAGAGAUAUCCAGGCGUGGGAGUAUGUGCCUCUUGGCCCUUUUCUGGGGAAAAGUUUUGGCACAACUAUAUCCCCAUGGAUCGUGACCUUAGAUGCCCUAGAACCAUUUGCCUCGGACGCUCCAGAACAGAGUCCUUCUCCCUUGCCAUAUCUUGCAGAGAAGGAAUCCAAAAACUAUGACAUCUCCUUGCAGGUGUCCAUUGUACCAGCUGGACAUAAAGAUGCUUUCACUGUGACAAGAAGCAACUUCAAACACUUAUAUUGGACGAUAACCCAGCAACUUGCCCAUCACACCAUCAAUGGCUGCAACCUAAGGCCCGGUGACCUCCUCGGGACUGGAACUAUAAGUGGCCCUGAGCCGGAGUCAUAUGGGUGCUUGCUAGAAUUGACCUGGAAUGGGCAAAAGCCUUUAUCUUUAGGUGGAACGAGCCGCACAUUUCUGGAAGAUGGCGACGAAGUCAUUUUCACUGGCUGCUGCAAGGGUGAUGGUUACACCGUUGGUUUUGGCAAGUGUUCUGGGAAGAUUAUUCCGUCUCAACCUUGA